CGUCUUAUGUCGGGAAAAAUGCAUAACUCCCUCAGCCUGCUUGAUUGAAUGAUUUAACAUGAAAAUUGGCUAGUGUCAAAACAUUUGGGUUCAGUGAAAAUUCAAGAUGGAUGAAAGACAUUGGUGGAUUGCUGGAAAAAUCCAGGAAAGCUUCAAGCUUGGCAGCUAUGAUAAUCCGACCCUGCUCGAGGAUUUCAUGUGCGAAGAGACAACCUUAGCCAGAGUCAAUAAAUUCCUCAAAGCAGGCGGGCCUUGCCGUCUGUUCUUUUAUUGUGAGAAAUCUGAUGGAUCAGAGGUUACAACCAGAGAAAUUCAUUGCACUGGAAACUUAGCCACUCUCAAAGAUGUGGAGCUGGACAGAGUUACCGUUCUGUACUUUCUUCGAAACAGGACUGAGAAAGAUGUUGAUCCUAAUCGAAUGGAAAAGGAUAUAUUCUGCGGGGAACUGAAGCAUAACACAAUAGAAACACUCAAUGCUUUGCUUGCAGAUAUUUACAUCCCUCUUAUUCGAGCUCAGAAAGACUGGGGUCAGAGCAAUGAAGAGAGUCAAACAAGUCUCAUGCAUAGUAUGGACAAAUUUGUCACUGCCCUGAACGAGACUGCCGCAUCUAUGUCACAUUCAAAACAAUGGAUGCUGAGACAACCAGAGAAUGUGAUUCUCAAUGAUUUCAAACUUCAGAGAGCGGCAGCUCUGGACCCUCAUCUGAUUGGUCAGUAUGAGGAGCUGGUGACUGAGUGGAUGAAUACCAUUGAUGCUAUUCUUAGUGACACAUCUGAUGAAAGAUUUCUCGAUCCAAAUGCUGGGCCUCUGUCUGAGCUGGAAAGAUGGCGAAGGCGCCAGCGGCUGCUGACCAACAUCACAGAACAGCUCAAAGGGAAAGAAUGCAAGGCUGUGCUUGCUGUCCUCAUCACUGCCAAAUCAAGAUUACUGAAAAAGUGGAAGAUCACUGAUGCAUGUAUCACAGAUGCCAUGAAUGACACCAAAGACAAAGUGAAGUAUUUGGAAUCACUGAAAAGACAUUUUGAUCAGAUGUAUCAAGAUGCCAGUCCAUCUUCUAUCAUCAACGUUGCUCUACCUGGGCUAGCCAACACAAUCAAGCAAAUGGACUCAAUCUCACGGUUCUAUGCAAGGACAGGUUUCCUGGGCAUUUUACUCACCAAGGUGACGAACCAGCUGGUCCAGGCCUGCAAAGACUACAUCAAGCUGUCCACCCACAAUGUGAUGGAGGACAAAGAUGAACUGUGGGACAGGGUGGCAGAGGAAGUGUCCACAAGAGAUCUCUUGAACCAGGGGGACCCCAACAUGAGAGCUCUUGGCAAGCAAGUUGAGAACAAGCUGAAGACGCCGUCACGAGGCCGUCCCAAGGACUCGAGAGAAUCAACUAGUGUGGAAGACACACUGUUCUCCAGGCUCAGGUCCUGCCUUUCCCUGCAAGGCUUCUUCAGAGAUCUACUGCGGUCUCUCAGAGACUCUCUCGGAGCGUCGCAAACUCUCUCCCACUUUUCCUCUGUCAGCAGUUUCUCCACUGCUAACCAGCCGCACAAGAGACAAAGCAUAAUCCCAGGCUCCCGGAAUCAGAUGUCUCCAUCUAAGAAGGGAAAUGAUGGCACAGGACAUGGAGUCCCAAUUGCAGAUGAGGAUGCCAUUAUGGCUCAUUUUGACACUUUCUGUGCUCGAGUGCGACAAGUCUUGGAGGUUAUAAACACCAUGGCACAGUUCAACAUGAUGGGCAAAAGUUUGGUUGGGAUUCCUCGACCCCGAAAAGAGGACCUUAUUGUUGAUGACACCUCAGAGCCUGACUACAAGCAGAAAAAGGCCAAAGAUCCUCUCACUGAGUUACUGGAAAGGGAUGACUAUGACGAUGAUGACAUGUUGGGCCCUCCCAUUCAUGUGACGGCCCCAACUGACCGGCCCCUUCAUGCCAUUGACGAAGAUGAAGAGCAGGCCCAGAGCGAGGCUACAGACAACAAGACAAACACCAACACCGAGCGCAGCCAGCGUGAUGACCACCAGGACUCUGGCAACGAUGGUCCCAAGGGCUUGACAGAGGAGGAGUUGGACAUUCUGAGAGAGUAUUACCCUGAAGAGGAAGACCUAGAAGGCCCCAGUGUGUCCAGUGUUGUGGAGCAGCACGUCAACAAGAUGAACGAGGCCAUGAAGGAGUAUGUCACUACCAAGACCAUGCUAGAUGUGGAGUCAAAGGACAAAGACCGCUUCGACACUCAUUACAAAUCAUUCCAAUGCAUCGUUCAAGAUCUCGAAAAAUUUCUCUGCGCAUACCUUCAUGUCAUUUUCAUGAGAAAGAUGAAGACCCAGCAAGGACUGGAUGUCAUCACCAAGUUCAACCCCAUUGCUGGCCGAUCUGGUGUGAGGGGCACUGUGGCGGAGAAGUAUGUCGAUAUCUUUGGAUGGUACGAGGGAGAUCUCGAUGAAGUGCAGAAGAUUUAUGAGAAACACAAGGAGAGCCCAACCAUGGUCAGGAAUGCUCCCCCGGUGGCCGGCGCCAUCUACUGGUCACGGCAACUCCUGAAACGUAUCGAAGACCCCAUGAAGGUCUUCCGAGACAACAAAGCAGUCACUUCUCUGUCAGACUUCAGCCGUCAGGUUCGCAUCUACAACCGACUGGCUACAGCCCUCGUCACAUUUGAGAGUCUGUGGUUCACCCAGUGGAAGAACAACAUCGAGCAGGCCCGCAGUGGGCUGAGAGCUACUCUGUUUAUUCUGCACCCAGAAACAGGGGACAUCAUUGUCAACGCGGAUGAAAGAGUUCUGGAGCUGAUCCAUGAGGCCAAGUGGAUGACCCGCCUGGGCAUCCAGAUCCCAGAGUCGGCCAUGUCGGUCAUGGAGCAGGAGGGACGCUUCAAGAACUACAAGGGGCACCUGGAGCUGGUGCUCAGUGACUUCAAGGAGGUGUGCCAGUCUAUCCCAGGGCCUCUGCUGAAGCUGUUCAAACCUCAUAUUGAGUACGUCCACCAGCAGCUCCAGCCUGGACUCAGCACCCUGGCCUGGAACAGCAUGAACAUCGAUGCGUUCUUGCACCAGAUCCACUCGGCGACUGAGCGUCUCAAGAACAUGAGCACCAAGGUCAAUCAGCUGAUGGAGACCAAGGUCUGUGGAAUGAUUGUCACCAUUGAGGAUUUCUGCCUCUAUGACAUGGACAUGGCAUUUUCACGCACCUGGCCUGUGGAGAACUUCAACAAGGAAAUGAUGGAGAGCAUUGAUGAGCGAUCAGUGACCCUACAGAACUAUGUGGAAACUGUGCUGGAAGGACUGCAGGGAGUGGCCAAUAUGCUCACCACCAAAAAGCCUGACAGCAAGCAGGCCUUGAAGGAGAAGAAGCUGCAGCUGAUGCUGGAUGAUGAUGAGCAUGAGAAGGAGAAGCAACUGGCCGCCAUGGAGGAAGCUUAUGUUGUUGAGUUGAUCGCUCACUUCAAAGACCAGGUGUUCCAAGCUGUGCUGGGGGCCACCACCAAGUCCCUAGCCUGUCUGGCAGAGGCGGCCGGCUGUACGGGUGAGGUUGUCCGUGCCUUCACCCCUGUGUCCAACCACGAGUCCCACAGUGAGUGCAGCUCCCCGUCGCCGCGGGCUGCCUAUGGCAACUAUUUCAGUGGCAGUGCCGGCAACAGUCGUGUCAACUCGGCUCAGAGUGGCGGCAGACAGUCUCAGACAUCGGACCGACCUGCCAGCAACAUGACCAACUUGUCUGAAAUGACCUGGUCACCUGGGGAGAAUGCAGUGCUCAGCACGCCUUUGCAGUUUGAAGUGAAUGUGAAAUUCUCCAUUCCCAACAUCAUUGUUGAGCCAACACUGGAUGUUGUGCAGAAGUCAAUCUCUGACGUCACCAACGCCAUCCUGGAAGCUAACAGUGGCAAGUUUCUUAUUACAAUAAUUGUAUUACAUCUUUAUGUUUAG